AGGGGUUCCGGGCCAAGCAUGGCGGAAUCAGAGGUGAUGCUCCGGCGGGUUCCGAGCCGCUCUUCCUGGCAGCGGGUCCGCAAAGCCCGGCCCCAUCUCCUCCUCAGCCGUCGGGGCCGUCGCCGGUUUGGGGUCCUCACUCGGGGCGAGCUGCGUCGCCUGCGACGGCGGCUGCUGCGGGCGCACGCUUUGGGCGGGGACUGGAAGCUAGGUGUCCCCGCGGGCGCGCACGUGGCGGUAAAGUGCAAAAUCCGAACCCGCAGCCGGCCGGCGUCCCGCAGCCAGCCCACGCCGAGCGUCCCGCCGGUGCCCUGCACCCGGGUCGGGUCAUGCAGCCUGCUCAAUCCCCGAAACCAUUCCACGCCCCAAAGCCGGGCCGGGCGCCCGGUCCUAAAGGUGUCGCCAAACAUCACCCAACCCACGUUGGACUUAGGCUCGGGCCGCGUGUUGCUGAUGCUACCGCCCGGAGAGGGUUUUACUUUUAGUGGGAUCUGCCGUGUGACUUGCAUCUACGGCCAGUUGGAAAUAUAUGGCCAUAUCAUCAAACAAGGCCAGCCUCCUCAAGAUGUCUUUUCUGUCUAUACCCACUCUUACCUGACCAUCAAUGGGGUUCCGUACUCAGAACCUGAGAAAAGCAAGAAGGGGAUCAGAAGGGAGAUCCGGGCCCUGCUCAAGCCUUACAUGAAACUCGAUGACAGAAACUGGGUAGUGCGGUAUUUCCCUCCUCUGGGCUCCAUUCUGAUUCUGGAACGGCUGCAGACUCGCCUUGUGGACUUCUUGAGGACCUAUAAGUGUGCCUCAUACGUGCUCCUGCAGGAGAACAUUCUUGUUCGGGAUAAUUCUGAAUUUGUAGCUCUGAAUAAAAUUGGCAUCAGAAGACAGAAAAGGAAGAAAGGCAUUUGCUUGAGUGAGAGCGGACUUUGUGCCCUGGAAGAGUUAAUCAGCGUGUCCUGUGUAGAUGGCUGCCCUGUCAUCCUGUUGUGUGGCGCUUGUGACAUUGGAAAAUCAACGUUCAGUAGAAUACUGAUUAACCACUUAUUAAAUAGCAUUCCUGGGGUUGACUAUCUGGAAUGUGAUCUGGGGCAGACAGAGUUCACUCCUCCUGGCUGUAUUUCUUUACUUAACAUCACAGAACCACUUCUGGGACCCCCUUAUACCCACCAGAGGAAGCCACAGAAGAUGGUGUAUUUUGGGAAGACGAACUGUCACAAUGAAUACGAGAAUUACAUUGAGAUAGUAAAAUACGUAUUCAGAGAUUAUAAAAGAGAGUUUCCACUUAUCAUCAACACUAUGGGUUGGGUGUCAGGUGACGGGCUGCUGCUGCUUGUUGACCUCAUCCGAGUGCUGUCUCCCAACUAUGUCGUUCAGUUGACUUCUGAUCGCAGUGAACCAAUGCAGCCUCUCACCUCCGAAUUCGUAGAGCUCACAGAUGGCCUGUAUACAAAAAGCAAGAUCAAAAGAUACCGAGGUUUUGAAAUUCCAGAAUUUGGAGACAGUUUGGGAUUUGCUGAGGAAGAGAAAGAGUCUAGUCCAGUUCCCGUCUUCACUGGACAUAUACUGCUGACUGUUUACUCAGAAUUCUUAAGUAGUAAAAAUGAAAAAAACAGGGUCAAAUACAACAGGAUUUUUCGAGAUCUGGCGGUGUUGGGCUACCUUAGCCAGCUGAUGCUUCCAGUGACAGAGCCACUUUGUCCUUUGCACAGCCUGAUACCCUAUCAGGUCCCCUUCAAUGCCGUUGCUAUCCGGGUCACGCACGCCGACGUUGCACCUACCCACAUACUGUACGCUAUGAAUGCCAGCUGGGUCGGCCUUUGCAAGAUUGUGGAUGAUAUGAAAGGCUACACUCGGGGCCCCAUUCUGCUGGCCCAGAACCCCAUAUGUGACUGUUUGGGCUUCGGUAUCUGCAGAGGCAUUGACAUGGACAAGCGGCUGUACCACAUCCUCACCCCUCUACCGCCAGAGGAGUUAAGAACUGUGAACUGUCUGUUGGUUGGCACCAUUUCCAUUCCACAUUGUAUUUUCAAGAAUCAGCCUGGGACUGAAGGGACAGUUCCUUACGUCACCAGGGAUUAUAAUUUAAAACUUCUUGGAGCAUCAGAGAAAAUCGGAGAGAGAGAGUAUAGAAAUAUACUACCUAGACACAAAUCACGGCAAAGAAGAAAAUGAAGCCUGGGUGUACAGAGAGACUUUCGCCUCGACACAUUGUCCCCGAGCCUAGAGUCAGCAGACUGAGCGGGCUGUGUGGCUGCAGACCUCGUGCCCAUGCCCAGUGUUCAUGUAACUGGAAAAUGUGCUGUGGUAAGAGUCAUUCAAGCCCCUUCGUUUUUUUCCCCUCUAAGACACGGAGGGCCUCAUAUAGCUCAGACUGGCCUCAGUACUCUGGUCCUCCUGUCUCACUGUCCAAGGGCUGUGCAUCCGGCUUUUGGUCUCAUACUUGGCCCAGACCUUGCCGACUGGUUGUCCUGGGUGUGUGGUGCUCCUGGAGAGCUGGGAAGCAUUGAAGAAAGCUGUGGUGUCCUCCAAGAAGACCAGGGCCACAAAAGUGUGCCUAGAAACUGAGUAGCAGGCUGACCACAGGUUCUCGGGUGCAGUGUACGGACUGGCAGGGACCUGAGCAGGCUCAGUGGCCGUGAGUAAGAGGCUUACUCCGUUGAACCUUGUGGACCUUAGCACCCCAGUGCGGCGGCUCAUUGGCCUGAUCCUUUGAUGCUUGCCAUCGAAUCUCCCAAUGCUGCAAUCAAGUGUUAGAGGACGGUACGUCGUCUAGUUAAUUUCUGGGUCUUUAAUCAUGAGGCUUUAUGUUGAAGAACUUGCUCUGACAUUCAGAAAGCCUCCACGUCAGUUAAGGAAAUCCACGGCUCCCUAAUUCUGGGGAUGUUCUGACUGGGAAUGUUCUGACAGACCUUGAGGCUGAGAUACUACAGCCUGGGACAGACACACAUAUGCCUGGCUUGGGCAGACCUUUGCUAUCAACGAUUUCUUCUAAGGCCCCAGAGGCCACUGCAAGUGGAUGUUGCAAUCCGGAGUGACUGGGUCGGGUCAUUUUUGUGGUUGCAAAGCAGGACCCUGAGGAGCCUCUUGGGCUGGCAUGAUGGAUCUGACAAGACUCCACCUUGCAUGGACUCAGGAAAGACCAAGGCUAUGGAAGGGUCACAACAUUGAUUGUCUCUGUCUUGUCUGUAGUCAUAGGAGUGUGGCCAGUCUCCUUUGCUUGGCACCAUCUUUGUGGUGGCCUCAGCAUCUGAAAAUCCUCCGAGGAGGCAGAGCUGCCUCUUCUGGAUUAGUCGGAUUGCCUGUAGAUCACUACUCCCUGCCCCACCCCCAACACUAUCUCUGUCUCACUUGAGCUUGUGGUGAGCCUUUGCAGAGAGGAGGAGCUCUUCCUGCCCAGGCAGUCUCUGGGCUCCUGAUCCUCGAGCCUCUGCUUCCUGGGUGCUCAGAUCACAGGUAUGUGCCGUCUUAGCCUUCCGGACAGUUUUAAGACAGCCUUGGUCACCUUCAUCUCCCUCCCCGGGUCUUCCUGUCUUCACAAUAAAGAUCCCAAGUCCAGGUCUCCAGUCUGCAUUUUCCCUAAAGGGUGAACUUUAUUAGCUUUUAAAUGCUGGCCUUGUCAGUCUCCACCAGCCAGUAAGGGCCCCUGUCAGCAGUAGAGGGAGCUGUGGGCACUGGCCCGGUGCCUGUGAGGAGUAAAGGCCUCUGCCCGGAUUCCCCGAGGGGAGAUCUUUCUUUGGAUGCCUGGCUUUGGUGAGACCUGGAACAGCUAGCUGUCUGUCCAUGCGAUUAUGGUAUCAGCAUUUGGGGCGAGGUUUUGGCUCUGCCAUCUUUAGGGGGGUGGGGAGGUUGUGUUUGGAUACAGGAUCUUGCCAUGAACAGGCUGGCCUCAGACAGACUCCUGCAUGGUCCUUCUGCCUCAGUUUCUCAAGUGCUGGUAUCACUGUGUUCCAUGUGCGUGGUUUCUGUUUAGAUAUUCUGGUCCACUGUAGUCUAUGCACACACUUAUUUU